AUGCACACGAGCGCGGUCGGAAACAGCAUUAGUGCCCAUCCCCUCCUUCCUUUGGCUGACAGCAAUUUGAGCGCGGAAGCAUCCAAGCUCUCAGCGUCGCUGGGCUCGAUGGGCGCAGCUGUGGCGACGGAGGGACGUGGGGGACGAGGGCACCCGGCUUCUCCGACGACGAGAUCAGCCUCUCGCCCCCUCGGCACAGCUAUAUCUUGGAGCUCGGUCCCAGACACCACCAGUAUCAAGGCCAAUAUUAUGGUGCCCCGGCCGCCGGCUGUUGUUCCGACGACGAACUCGCCUUCUCCGACGGAGACGCAGUCGGCAUCAGACGCGAGCUCUGCGACCGUGAGCCCAUUGGCUUCGCCGGACCACAAACGCACCCUCACGUCCGCAGCCACAGCCAAUCGGAAGCCUGCGUCGCCGCUCGCCGUGCGCGCGGCUGUCCACAGAGCAGACACAGGUAUCAUCACGCACACUCACAUUACUUCGCGGACGCCCUCUAGUCACAAAUCAGAGGGUAGUCUGCUGGACCAAACUCCCCAAACCCAACCAGCAUUCUCAAACAACUACGUUCCCUCGCAGACUCAGUCUCAAAACGACUUAGGCCCUUCUCCGAGACCUCAAAGUCCUAUGGAGUACUCUGCAUACGAACCUCCGCCUAAAAGAAAGCUUUGGCAACGCAGCGCUAGUUGUAGAGAUUUGUAUGAUUUCAGCUUUGAGGAAACUGGCAAAGCUAAGCGUAGAGCGAAAUCCCCCAGACUUUUGGAAAAAACGGUGGUGAGUCUAGAUGAACGUAAACAAGACUCGCCUGUUACUGUUUACGAUGACCAUAGAGCGUUGUACAGCGCUAGUUCCAGGGAUAGUAGCUUAGAAAUUCAACAAGACAUUAUGGUACCUAAAAUUUAUUCCAGCAGCUUUCCUGGGACAAAGUCCUUUUCACAAGAAUCCGUUGAAGAUCCAGGCAAUUAUGAUUUAAGAGAUUCACAGGACGAUUUGUCCCAUGAUAGCUACGAACUUAUUGAAAAAUCUGACGAUAGUACUGAAGAUUAUAAAAAACCAAAACCAAUAAACGCGCGCAGUUGUAGUCUUGAUUCCGGGAAUUAUUUACCUUCAGACAGCGAGGAAGAGCAUGGAACUGGUCGUCAAAAAUAUAAAAGCGACCAUGACAUAUUCCUCAUGGAGGAUCCUCGAGAUUUACCUCGAGAAAUUAUUCCCAGGAAAUCCGAUGGAAACUUCUAUAAACAAUUCAAACAGAGUUCUAGAACUUCAAGUUUAGAAUCAAAAAGUGAUUAUUAUGAAUCAAAAAAUUCCAGUUUGAAAAAAUCGUCAAGAACAUCCUCGCAGGAAUCAAAAAGCGACUAUGAAACAAUAUCUAGAAAAUCUUUGAAAAAAAAUAAGAGUGCGGAUGAUUCUAGAAGAAGCAGCAUAGAGUCUAAAAGUGAAUAUUUUGAUGCUCCUAGUGACCAAGCGAAAUACAAGAAAGUCGAUUAUGACAGGAAAAUUAACUUUGAGCGAAACUAUGGCACCCACAUACGCCCUGAACCAGUCCUACCAGCUUAUCCAGAUUUUGAAACUGAACAAAGUCUUAGAGUGGACAAAUUACUGAAUGAUAUUGAACAAAAUACUCUAGUUAAAGCUGAGAAAACCACUCAUAUAUGGCCCGAAGCCAUUGCCGGAUUGCCUACAGAAAUAUUAAAUGAAAAUAUCAGCGGUCAACGUUCCACAGAGUCUGAAAGUAAUAUUUUCAGUUUUGAUGAAGACAGGAUUCAGUCUUUGCAAGAGAGUAGUGAUUUCAGUGAUCACGGAUUUAGUGUUGUGCCAAACAUCGACUUAAAAGCAAACAAAAAGGAACAUAAAAACUAUAAAGAUAUAUUUAUGGAAAUCGAGCCAAGGAUUUGUCAUGACCUACCUUUGCAUCAGCCAAUAGAAAGAACCAAAUCAGAUCCUAAUUCAUUAGCCAGGCAACGCUCAAAUCCACAUUCCAGACGUUUAUUAUUGAUGCACCAAAAAUCCAUUGACCUCACUCCAGCGGAAUCUAGUGACGAUGAUUAUUUAUAUAAACAAAUCCCUAGUGCUCCGCCAAUUAUUGCUAAAUUCAAAGGAACGCACUUUGAAAUGCCAACAGCCGAAUUUGGGCAUUUUGAUAUAUUAAAACGUGAAAUCGAGGGUCAAAAGACUAAAUUUGAAGUGCCCAAAAGCCAAUUUGAGGUUUUAGGUGCUAAAAAUCAGGCCGACUUAAUGAAUUUGCCUCCAAAAAGCCAAGAAGACAUACCUUAUGUUUUGCAUAAGCGCCACAUAACUACACAGAAGGAAGCUAAAGAGGAAAAUGUUAUUAAUCCAAAACCUGAGACUUCAUUUUUGUUUACUCAAAACAUAGAUUUGUCCAAAGUAAAUCCUGUUACACUCGAAGUAGAUAAAACAGUACCACCUAUACAGUUAAUAUCGAGCCCCAAAAGAGACAUAACUCACAUUGAUCCGUUGGUUUUAGAGACCCUAAACUCAAAAUUGAGUCAAAUUGAAAGUGAUUCGCCCACAAGCUCUAGAACCGAAAGUUUGAAACCCAUACAAAGAAUUAUAACUCCUUUAGUUAAAAAUGAACAAAAAACCACCAUUGAAGAAAAAGUCACAACUGUCAAUAUAAUAAAACCAGAAGUGAAAAAACCAGAACCAAAACCGCAAAUCAAAACGGAUAUCAUCAAACCAAAACGUAUAAUCAAACCUCGAAUGCAGCCUGGCAAAAAAGGCUGCAAAUCAAACAAAACAAAAGUUAGAAUCACUUCGUUUAGUUCUGAUGAUGAGUCAUUAGACUCAGAUGAUGUUUUUGGAAGUGCCGAAGCUACUCCUACUAGAAUAGAGUUUUCGCCCCCACAAAUGCGCAAAGAAAUGGAAUCUAUAUUAAAGUUUGAAUCAGAAAGGAAGUACUUGCAAUACACAAUGUCUUCUACUGAAGUGGAAGGUUCUCCACCGACUACAAGAAAGAAAACUACCGAUAGAAAUAACGAAAAUGGGCUUGAUCCUCAACAACAAACACAAACUGAGCUUCGACGCAUUUCAGAGAGAUCAUUUUCAAUUCCCAGCUCCGAGGAUGAGUUUAAUAUCAAAACUAUUGAUUUAGCUCAGUCAGUUUUUGCUGAGCCUGACCUAUUGAAAACAGUUGUAGAAGAUGGAGAUGAAACUUUAAAAGAUGACAAUGCAACAGAUAACGAUUUGACAAUAGAUGAUGAAAGGGAGCGGGAAAAAGCUUUACUUGCAGCUGAAAUUGAAGAGGAUUUAAGAAAUUUAAAAGUACCUGCCAAAACGAAGAUUACCGAAAUAAUGUCUCCAUCAUUAAGAAAUAAGAGUCCUCUAUUGUUUGCACAUGCGAGGUUAAAUUUAUCUGAAGGAUCUGCUUUUAGCUUAUUGCAAAAGCAGCAAGCUUUGGAUUCUCCUUUGGCUAAUAGACGCGCAAGAAGUUUGGAUGCACCGAUUAUUCCUGUAAAUAAACUGCCACCUUUAAAUGCGUUUUCUAGCAAGGACGAUACUGUAGAGGAAGAGGAUCACAAGUUCACUACGAGCACUGAAGCUUCAGAUGUAGACGAUAUUAUUAAAAGCAAUGGAAAUGGAAUUGUGCCAGAGAAACCUCCAAUACUAAGUGACAUUUCCAAGGAAAGUUCUUUAGGCGAAAACGAUCAAAUUGUCCCUGAUGUUACUUCCUUUAAAAGGAAAACUGCGCCGAAAUUGAGACCGAAAUUACCUCCUAAAGGAGUAGUUCCUCCAAAACCUAUGAUUGGCAAGAAGCCUUUGAAAGAAAAGCCAAAGUUGGUUAAACAAAAUCCUAGCAGUAAGCCUCCAAUAAAACCAAAAACUCCAGAUCCAAAAUCAGUGCCGAAGGCACCUAAACCAGCAAGAUUAUCCAUUGAAAAAGUAGAAAUCGAAUCCAAGAGCGACAGUGAUGACCAGAAAAUUCAAUCAUUACUAACUUUACCAGAAAUUAAACGCACCAAAAGCCAAGAGCUGGAACUCAAUAAGAAAUCCGUACCAAAAACAGAAAAAGCACGUUCUUUGGAAAAAAUAGAACUUAAGAGAAUGAGCAGUAAAGAACGUACGAAAAGCCAAGAAGAAAGCGACGAAGUUAUAGCGGAAAGACGAAAAUUACAACAAAUGCUUUAUGAAACUGCAAUAAAACAAACAAAAACCUUAAAAAGUCCAGUCAAAGACGUCUUACCAGUAUUCCCUCAAGUUGAAGAAACUGUCAGAGAACGUGGAGGGAAAUUGGAAAUAAGCAUAAACACUAUUGAGCCAAGUGUAUCCCUAGAAGAAGCCAUAAUUGUAACUAAAAGUCCUAAGAAAUUAGAUAAAAAACUAGACAAGAAACUAACAAAAAGUUUGGAAUUGAAUUUAAAUGAUGUCUAUCCAGAGAAAGGCAUGCAACGUUUGGGUAAAAGCUUGGAUUUGGAACGCAGCAAGUCUGAAGAUGAAGCUGAUAAAUCGACAGAAUUUGACUUCAAACCUGAAACAAUCAAAAACAUUUACGAUAAAGACACUUCGCCAGAAGUUCAUGCUAUACAAGAAACCAUAACUGCUGACAUCCAUCAUACAGAAGCAGAACAAGUAAUUCUUGAAGGCACCAGCUUGGACGUUUGGCUUUCAGUUGCAAACAAAAAAACAAUCAAGGACAUCCAAAUAAUACACGAAGGGGGGGAUUUUUUUGAACAACCUUUGGCAAAAGCACCGGAUUUAAGCAAGGCCAGCUCCUCAGAUUCAGCUAGCAUAGAAAAAAUCAGCUUGGGCAAUAGCCUAGAUAUAAAAUACAUUGACGAAUCCACUGGGGAAUCUUCGGGAAAAUCAGACAAAGACAAAGAACUUAUAGCUGAAAUGCUUCGAGCUUCUGCAACUGUUAGUAAAUUUAUUAAAAAGAAAUUGGAAAAACGCCGUAAGGAUUCUGAUGAUGAAACCACUAUAGUUCCUGAACAAGUUAAAACAUUUAGUGAAGAUGAAUCUUUGACGGAAGUAAGCGAAAUAAGACAAGAAAAACAUCUUUUAACUGUUACAGUGACUGAUCACCAAGAUGCCUUAUUAAAAUUAGGUGUUCAAAGAAGCAAAUCUGAAGAUACUGGUUCAUGGAUGACUGUAGAAUGUGACGAAUUUAUUGGCACUGAAAGUUCUCUGGAUUAUGAUCAAGAAUCUCCACUUGAUAAAGAUUUAUUAAAUACUGACAUGAAGCAUCAUGGCAAGUUAAAAUUGUUGAAACGUAGCUCUGAUCAAUCAAGAUCAAGUGAUACUGGCUCAUGGACUAGCGGAGAAAAAGAACUAAGCCCUAGUAAUAUUAAAGAAACUGAUGAAUCUAGUGUUAGUUGCUCAAUGGGUAGAGCAAUUGGCUUGAGUCAAAAUAUCGAAAUGUUUGCUACAAAAGAGCAAUUCGACGAUGAACCUCCAAAAAGCCCUAGGAGCCCUCGUAGCCCUAGAAUAUCAGUCUUGGGACGCGCCUUUACAAUAGACGAAGGCAGUCAGAAAUUGGACGAAAGUAGUUCGGAUGAGGCUAAUGAUAUUCCUAAAGAUUUAGCUAUUAUUGAGGAAAAAAGUACUGAUUCUGAUAAUGGUGGGUUUAUUAAGGCUCCCAAAAAAUAUCCGUUUGAAGAGAAAUGGUCUCAAGACUCGGAAUUGAGUCAAAAACUGCAUAAGAAGCUAUCGAAAAAAUUAUCCUCAAAUGAAAGUGACUUGAAACUUAAACCGAAUUUGAUUAACUUGGAUAAACUAUCUACAGAAUCUAAAAAUUCAUUAGAUACUGAAUCCAGCUCUGGCAGCUUGGGCAUAACAACCAGAGCUCAUAAAUCGGGAGACAUACCUAAAGAAUUGAGCUCAACAUGGAAACCAUUUCCUUUAGACAGUUCAGGUUCAGAGAGCUUUGAAGAUUUUUUACCUCCGGAUCAAGAUUUAGAUAAACACGAAUAUUUUAUGUGUAGAGACAAUGGUUCGGGUGAUUUCACUUCAAUGGCGGAUGUUUAUACACCAACAAGGGACGAUACUGAGCUUCCCGAAGACUUGGCCAAUUUUCCAGCCAAUUUUGGCUAUCCUUUGAUAUCAACAGACAUUCUUGGCAGUUAUAGCCAGGGAGGAUUUUUAUCUAGAACGUUAUCGAGAAUAUCUGAGAGAAGUACUAAUUCAGAAAAAUCAAGCUUGGAAGAGGAUUCUACUAAAGCUAGCACUCAAAGUGAUAGCUUAAAUGAUGAAGCUACAAACUCAAGCAAUCCUCAAGUGAGUAUUAGCUCAGAGUCACCUAGCCAUGCGCAUGUCUACGAUGAAAAAAAGACUCCGACAAAUGAAAAACCCUUGAAACAAGAACCUACACCAAAUUUCAGCAGUUUACUACAAAGACAAAUAUCAGACGAUAGAAGAACUUCAGCGGAAAUGGCUGAAUUAUCCAUGGACGAUAUCGAAAUCAUAACAUCAGAAAGAGGCCUAAGAUUGAAGCGUCAAGGUUCUGAUGAUACAAUAAUCGAUGAAGAAUUUGAGGACAGACUGGAAAAGCAAAGCAGCCAAGAGGAGGAUUGGCCUUUACCAGAAAUCCCUUCACAAAACCAGAAGCUGAUAGCCAUGCAUGAAGUGCCUAGUUCAGAUACUUCUGCUCAAUUAACCACUCAAGUUUACCAACCACCGAUACCAAAAACUUUUGGGCUGCGAGGUUCCUUGAAAAGCCAAGACUCUGAGCAAUGGCCGAGCCCACCAUCGAGCAUACAAGAACCUAUUGUAGAAAACAUUGAGACUUAUUAUAUUUCACCUGCAGAAGAGGCUUGUAGAGUAACUGUAGAAAAUAUUUACGAUGAUUCAAAUUCUGACGAUUAUAAAUCGGUUGCUCACACAUAUGAAAAUAUAGUUAAUAUUGAUCAUGUCAGUGAGAGUUUAUCCGAUCAAAGUCAAAGCCAAAGUAGUGUGGGUCCGAGUGGAAUUAAAAUAAUUUUAGAAGAAAAAUCGCACGAAUCAAACUCAGACGAAGACUUGAAUAUAUCUAAUCUUAACGAUGACGUGUUUAUUGAUGCUACUACUGAACAAUUACGUCCUCCUACAGCUUUACGACGCAGUACAGCCUCAGAUGAUUCUAGAGGCUCCAGAAAAAGCUCCCAUAGUUCUUAUAGUGAAGAAGACUGCACUAGCUCUAUGGGAACUAACUUGGAAGAUGGUACUGUCAGGUUUGCUUUAAAACCUACCAAAUGUACUCAUAGCUCACAUUCUGAAGACACUUCUAUUGCGUUGAGUCUAUCAGAAUGGUCCAAUAGUACAAAUACUGUUAAGUUUCAAAAUUUAUCUACUAGUAAUAGUGGUACUAAGAGUAGUACAAGUGGUUUGAAAAGUGACGAAAAUUCCUUGACUGAUAUUGCUCAAAGUAUUUCUGAAUGGUCGACGAGUAGUACUUUAAAAGUGCAGCAACCCUUUCAGAAAUUAUCUAGUACAACUUCCACAGGGGAGGCUAGUACUUUGACCGAAUUGAUACCAAGUAUUACAGAAUGGUCGAAUUCUGAUGCCAAGCCUUUGGUACCUCAAUUUCCUACAAGAUUAGGUUCCAGCGUUGAUAUCGACGAUAUAAUUCAAGAUCAACGAAGUCCUAAAAAUAUACCUUCAGAAGAUUUUUCGUUAUUCUCUAGUAGUACUUCUAAAUUUUUCACUAAAAGCACUGAAAGACCUAUAAUAAUACCGCCCUUACAAUCGGACACUGAUAGUUCCAUUGAACAUAAAACUGUGCAUACCCAAAGGUAUGAUAAAGACAAAAAAGGUUAUUUGCAAAAAAGUACUGAUAGGCCGGUGAAAGUCAAUUUGAAGCUUGCUAAGUGUUCUCCGUAUUACUCUAGUAGUUUGAGUAGUGAAAGUACUCCUUUGCAAGGCUCCAGUCCUAUUCCCAUUAACAAAACGGCGACCGUACCUUUAACUAGGGUUCACAAAAGGCCUGUGUCUAGGAUUUUGACGCACGCCAAAAGUCCUCCAAGUGAAAAUGACUCUACCAGCUCUGUGGAGAGCCCUAAAAGUAAAUCAGAAAGAGAACGUAGAGGUUAUAGAAGGAAAAAACAAAUGCAACAGCAAAGAAAUAAGAAAAAUGACAAAUGCACAGAUGAGUAUUAUUAUGUCGAGCACGAGCACGGAUUGACAGAGUAUAAUGAGUACAUAAGGGAGAGAAAUAUGGAAGAAAUGGCUUCCAAUUUUCAAUACGAAGCUGGUUUAGCUCAGGAUAGUCCUCAUUAUGAAAAUUUAGAGGAAGGUUAUUAUCCGGAUGGAGAUUCUCAAUCGGGCUCUGAUAUUUUUCGCAUGGAGAGAGAGGAAGAAGACAAACAACACGCUACUGAAGGAUUUGACGUCAGUUCCAUACCUCCGCCGCUGUUGGAGGACGACGACAAUAAUUUCGACUGCGCCCCGACGACGCACAUUUGA